AUGACGAGAAAACUCGAUUCUGUAGCGGUUUUAUCAAAAAAAUCUCCUUAUUCCUUUGUCAUCAAGAGCUGUAGAGAUGUUCUUGGUGUUGGACUUCAAAACUGGCUGAACGAUGCAUUCUUAAAGAAUAUCACAGGAAGUACCAGUUUUAGAAUCAAAACAAACACAGCACAAAUGCCCUAUGACACUUCAAUUGCCACUUUCCAAAUUGCAGAUCUUUUGGGUUAUUUCUUUUUCCCAAUGAUUUUAUGUUUGCUAUUACCUUCUUUCAGUUUCACAGUCGUAUUAGAAAAACAAUUCAAGUUGAGAGAAAUGAUGAAACUCAUGGGUAUGAAAAUGAGAUAUUACUGGCUUGUGACCUAUGUUUUCUUUUUCCUUUUGUAUUGCAUUUCAGCAGCAUUAUUUAUUAUUUUCUGCUUGAUUUUUGGAUUCAGAUUUAUUACUCAAACCUCUCCUCUAUUGUUAUUUAUUUUCUUUAUUUGCUGGGGAAACACAUUGGUGAGCUUUUCAUUCUUAUUAUCUUCCUUUAUUGGAAAAACAAUUGUGGCAACUAUUAUCAGCUAUCUCAUUGUGUUGAUUGGACCAAUGGUUGGUGUGAUUCUCGAGAUGCAACUUUUGACAAAUGCUCCCAAUGCUCGCUUUGGUCUCUUGCUAGUAUUCCCAUUACAAAUUACUCAUUUUGUCUAUGCAACAUCCAGUUCAUGUAACAAUUUGGAUUGCUUACGAAAAGUAUCUGACAUUUAUGACAACAAGUCAGUUUUCUUUUCACUCAUUUACAUGGUAGGAAUGUCAGUGGUCUACUUUGUAUUGAGCUUGUACUUUGAUGCUGUUGUUCCUCAACCAUUUGGUGUUUCAAGACAUCCACUCUUUUUCCUCGAAUGGAUUUGGAAACCUUUCACAAAGAAUCGAGUGAAGAAAAAUUCACCAACGAGCAAGAACAAGAUUUUACCAUGCUCCUCUCCUUCUGAUUCACAACCUACGCAAGAUGAUGAAAUGGUUGUGGGUGCAUCGAAACAUCGUCUCGAUGAAGUGGAUUCAGAUGUUUUAGAAGAAUUCUUGAAAGUCAAUCCUCCAAAUCUCGAUAAGAAACAAACUCUUGAACAUUUGAAACGUUUAAAGAAUGACUAUGGAGUAGUAUUUUAUAAUUUAGAAAAGACAUAUGGAAUGAAUCGAGCAGUGAAAGGAACUUGUUUAACCAUUGGAAAGUCAGAAUGUUUUGGAUUAUUGGGUAUGAACGGUGCUGGUAAAUCCACAACCAUUUCCAUGCUAUCGGGCAUGUUUGGUCCAUCGAAAGGAACAGCUUUUGUCUACGGAAAAGACAUUCGACAUGACAUGAAUGAUAUUCAUCAAAUCAUGGGUCUCACAGCUCAAUUUGACAUUCUUUAUCCUGACUUGACUUGUGAAGAACAUUUAUUAUUCUAUAGUCGAUUGAAAGGAGUCAAGUUGCAGUACGAAAAGGAACACGUUCAAAGUUUAUUGAGACAAGUUGGAUUAGACAAUGAAACCUUGAAAACAAAAUGGUCACCUAAUUCAAGCGCACUCUCUGGUGGUAUGAAGAGAAGACUUUCCAUUGCCAUUUCACUCGUUGCAGAUCCAAAGAUUAUUCUUUUGGAUGAACCCACCACGGGACUCGAUCCUCUCAGUAAGAGACAUUUGUGGAAUAUUAUUUUAAAUCAAAAGAAGAAUCGAACGGUGAUUUUAACAACUCACUCUAUGGAAGAAGCAGAUGUUUUGUGUGAUCGUAUUACAAUCAUGUCGAAAGGUUCAUUUAAAUGUUUGGGAAGUGGACUACGAUUGAAGAAUAAGUUUGGUGAUGGCUUUUUAUUGAGUGUGAGUUAUGGAGCAGAGGAUCAACAACGUGCUGAACAAUAUGUCUAUGAUUAUGUUCCUGAGGCAGUGAAGGAUUUAACUUUGACAGGAACGACCGUAUUCAAAAUUCCAAGUUUUUCUCGAUCAGAUUUGAGCAAGACAACUUCACAAUCCAUUGAGCAUGCCACUCCAAAACAACAAAUGGAAGCUAGAUCCAUUGCUGGUUUGUUCAAACAUAUGGAAAAAGGAAAGGUUGAACAUGGUAUCCAUGAAUGGGCUCUCAAUCAAUGUUCGCUCGAACAAGUGUUUUUGAAUAUUGUUCAAAAAGAUUCUGAGAAAAGAUCUGCCUCAGAGAAAGAGGUCAAAUGUGCCAACAAGAGAUCUACUGUACUCAUUCGACAAUGUUUGUGCUGA